AUGGCAUGUCCAUGGUGGGAUGAUUACAAGGUUAAGAGCGAUGAAGAUCACAAGGGUAAGAUGAAGGAGCAGAACCAACCAGGAAAAAGCCAUAAUGAACAUGGAUAUAUCAGUGGCUAUGUAAAGGGCUAUGUCAGUGGUUAUGAACAUGGGUAUAAGCAUGGUAAGAGUGAAUGUGGUUAUGAGCUUGGCCAUGGCCACAGCAGUGAUGAUGGCUAUGAAUAUGACUAUUAUUCUGGUCACAGUGAAGAUGACUAUGAAUAUGACUCUGAAUCUGAUUAUGAUGAAUCUAGUGACUAUAGUGAAGAUGGCUUUGGAGAUGACCUUGAAUCUGAUUAUGGUGGCAAUAACAGCAGCGGUAGUAGCAGUGAAUGUGAUGAUGUAGUACUUGAGAGUCACCAUGGUUAUGAGCAUGGACAUGGAUAUGGCUACGAUGAUGAUCUACUUGAGUAUCACAAUGGUUAUUGGUCUGGCCAUGACUACUACAGCAGUGACAUUGAAUGUGGCUGCAACUGUCCAUAUGACUUUGAAUCUGAUUAUGGCUAUAGUGAAUAUGGAUAUGAAGAUGACCUUUGUGGCUGGGAUGGUAGUCAUGAUGAUUAA